CUGUCGCAGGAGAGGACCAGCUGAUUAAACCAUUUGAGAUAUUAAGCAGUCGAAAUGUUUAAAAUGUACAGGACCUUCUUGUUUCUUCUUGGAAUGUUGACGGUGUUCAGCUUUGCUUACAUGUGUGACCCGGUACAGCGCUCCAUCAAGCUCAGCGACAUCAAAGAUAAAAAGGAACGUGAGAGCCUCGAACACUACUUGUACCAAGGGUACUGGAGGGACAACUAUGUCUGGAUCCCCAAAUGGAUAAAGAUUUGGCGCAACAGGAAUAUCCAGGUGCCGACUUGGAAGCGCAUUUGGAUCCAAAAGAAAACUGAGGAAUGGGUCACCGUGCGCGCAAAACCACCGGCGUGGCUUAAAAAUGUACGCGGACACUUUGUUGUCAAAGUAUAAAUAUUUCAAGCUCUUUUAUAAUUGUUGGUCUACAUACGGUCGAAAUCAAUAUUCGGUCUGGAAGCAUAUUUGGUUAUGCAUCAUUAGUGCAUUUUUUAUUCAUUCGGUUCCGAAAUAAUCUAUCGCAUUACUGAUUGAAAAAUCUUUUUGAAGUUGAUAUCGUUCU